GCAUGACUCACAGGCACUUUACUAUCAACUACUUCGAGAAUUCACAACGAGAGAGAAACAAGAAAACAAACAAGACAACAUGUUUCCCGAAACGGAGUGCGGAAUCUGCUACCGAGCUUACAACCUCGGUCGGCGGUGUCCUCGACAGCUGUGCUGUAGACACACGUUUUGUGAGAGCUGCCUGGUGACGCUCAGGAGGUCCGUGGAGAGCCCCGAACCCCAGAUAAUGUGUCCGCUGUGCCGUCACUCAACGCCGCUGUCUGAGGCGACAAUCCAAGAGAACCUCCCGGUUGACGAGGACAUUUUUGAGCGGCUAGUCACCGCGGGCAGCACGGAGGAAUGUUCGGAUGACGACGAAGAUACCGAGGAGCCCGAGGAUGCGGUCAUCCCACCAAAAGAAGACGUUUCACCUCCAUCAAGCUCGCGAAAAGGAUACCUGAUGAAGUGCUUAAGACGCCUGUUCAAAAAAGGCACUGGGGAUGCGCGGAGAAAUUGUAUGACUGAUGAUGACUUGAGAGACCUGGCAAUGAUGUCCUGCUACAUGAUGUGAACGACAUGAAGUUGCUGAUUGUCACUCACACACUCCUUAAACCAAAAUGUAUUUGUAAACAAUCAUGAUUUAAGGGACCAGAUGUAAUCAUUUAAGAAAUGAAAAACACUGGGUUACUGCUAAAGUGAACAUCUGCAUGGAUGGGUCCCCUUCUUUGUUUGUGGGUGUCACUGCCCUGCUUCGAGGUUAAGGAUGGCACUCGAAUGGAAACCUAUGGAUGAAGUAUUUUCGUGCUAGAGCUGUGGAAUGUCACUACCUGGGAAUUACAAGAGGACCGCUUGCUGUUGGGCGUGACUGGUUGUCAUAACAGACAUGUGGGGCUGUUCCAGAGUAACCUAUAUACAUAGCAACAUGUAAAAAAAAAUAUUUUUUUUUCCAAUGAACCACACUGCCAGAAGAUUAUUUUGUUUGGUACUGUUACAAUAUCAUGGAAACCACCCCAACCAGUUUUCUCAUUUUUAAAUUAUUGUAACUUAAUGACUUUGAAUUUCUACCAAAUGUUACUUGUAUUUAUUGUAACUAAGCUUAAUUAUUAAGAGUUUUUCAGUGUUACAUUUGUAUCAAAUGUAGAGCCUAGAUUAUAUUUGUCUUUUCAUGAUCACAAUUAAUUUUAUAUGUAUUUAUAUGUAUUUUACAUUUUUUUUUAAAUUACUGUAUACUUCUAUUUUUGUACCAAAUAAAUUUUUUAAUAAUUUUUA